ACAGUUUUCUUGGCAUGGAUGCAGAACCGGAUCAUCGAUCAGAAUAAUACCACCCAGUGAGACCGCAGCUUGCAGGGCCCGAACCGACAGAACUGAUCAGCGACACUGAUCAAUAAUCGAUGCUGCAGCUCCUGCAAGGUGACGUCAUCGUGGACGCCGAAUUCCAUUGACAAAUUCCGCCGUUUGAAGAAUCUCAGAGUGAUUCUUCAUGUGGCAGAAAACAUUUCUUCUGCUGCUUCACACUUUGGAAGCUGCAGUAGCAUCUCAGUGCUGGCAGGGGGCAACCUUCUCUGAGGCAGUGGUGUCUCCGGAUGUGGAAAGCAGCGGGAUCCUUCGGGUUCCCGGCACGGGGUCGCUUCCACAGUGUGUGACGGCAUGCUGCGACAUGCUGGGUUUCGACCUGGCGUGGCUGUUUAAAGGUCGUUGCUACAUCCUGAACUGCCAGCAGAGGGAGAACUGCCAGCUCAGACAGCGACCUGGAGCAGACUCCAUCCUGGCCUUCGUUCGGCGCGCGCCCCUGCAGACGCUGGUCCUGCAGUCCUUGGUGCGAGGUGAACCAUACAGCAGCCACUGGAGGGCACUGUCUCAGUUUUCCAAGGCCCCUGAUGACUUGGAGGCCUUGAGGGACCUCACCUCCUUUGACACACCACAGAGAGACUCCUCUGAACCCGAUGUGCAGGAUGAGGGGUAUGUACAGGAAAGUAAACAGGGAGUGGGAGGGGCCAGUGAUGCUGGAAAAGUAGGUGAUGGUCAGUCUGGACUUGAGAUUUUGCCAGAUCUGCUACAUUUUCAGGCCAGAGACAGAAUCAAUCAGUCGGAGGCAGUUGAUGGUCCAGAGGGCAGAACCACAGACAAUAACACAACCCAGAUUAGAGCCUCAUCUGAGGGGAAUGUGACCCUGUCAGACCAGGACAGAACCAUGACCCAACGUCCUGCAGAGGAAACGAACAAAUCACAGAGCAGCUCAGAUUCUACAUCAGUCACAUGGUCACCACAGAAACCCACGACUGGCUUCUCCCAUCAAGAACAUAUAAAGCCCUCAGGCUCCGCCCCUGUGCUCCAUUGGCCCAGCAGUGCGUCUACAGAGACUGUUCUUUUGCUGACGACGCCCCCUGAAGGCCGUGCAGAAAUGUUGUUUCCCCCGGAUACCGUUAAACUUCACACUUCUGUCACCCUUGAAUCUGAACCUGAAACCGUGAAUGUGCUGCCAGACAGAGCUCCGCCCACCACUAGCCCCCAGGCCUGGACCGUGACCUCUGACCCCUCCACCACCCCCCAGUCUGCUAUCACUGCCUCUGCUACAACACCUGUGUCAAGGUUAACGGGAUUAAAUCGCGGUCCAGCAGCUGUCGUUGGUCCUGACAGGAAGUUGUUCCUCCCCUUGGACAGUGUGUUGCUCGAUGGCAGUGGCAGCAGUGACGACCGCUCUAUCGUGAGCUACCGCUGGGAUGCCGUUAGUGGCCCACCUGGACUGAAGCUGGAGGACGUGGAUCAACCAGUAGCUACAGCGACGGGCCUGCAGGCAGGGCGCUACACCUUCAGACUGACUGUGGCUGACCAGGAGGGGGCGACAGAUAGCACCACGUUGAAUGUCAGGAUCAUGGAAGCUGCAGCCAAAGCUCUUCCGCUGGUUGCUCACACCAGUGGGACCCACACCCUCAUCCUGCCCAACAACUCGCUGGUCCUCCGAGGCUCCGUAACCCACGGCGAGCAGACAGAUGUUCACUUCCUGUGGGUCCGAGACGCCCAGAGCCCGGCAGCUGGGGAUGUUCUGUACGGUUCCGACACACAGGCCUCACUGUACCUCGCAAACCUGGUUGAGGGAACCUACCUGUUCCAGCUGAGGGUGACUGACACUCUGGGACGCUCCAGCUCCGCCACCGCCACCAUCAAAGUUCAGCCAGAACCCAGCAGUGGGGAGGAGGUGGAGCUGGAGAUGCUGGUCUUGGUGUCUCAGGUCAGCGUGGCUCAAAGGGACAUGGUGGUGCGACAGUUGGCUGCUGUCCUCCACGUCCUGGAUAACGACAUCCAGGUCCGAGCGCUGCAGGGACGCUCUCACCUCAGCACGGUGUUGCGGCUCUCGGUGCGGGGCCCCAGGGGGCCGGUACCGGGCUCCAGGGUGGUCGGCCUGCUGAGGAAACAGCUCCUCAGAGACAAGAGCGACUUCCUGCUUUUCAGAGUCCUGAGGAUCGAUACCGUCUCGUGUUUGCUGCGCUGUUCUGGGCAUGGUCAGUGUGACCCAAUCACUAAAGAGUGCGUCUGCGACACCUUCUGGAUGGAUAACCUGAUUCGUCGUUUCCUUGGUGAUGGAGAGAGCAACUGUGAGUGGCAGGCGCUCUAUGUAAUCCUGACCAGCUUCGUUGUCAUGAUCGUCAUCCUGUCCAUCAGCUGGACCUUCAUCUGCUGCUGCAAGAGGAGGAGACACACCCGAGUGAAGAAGAAAACCAAGUAUACAAUCUUGGACAACGUGGACGAUCAGGAGAGGGUGGAACUCCGACCCAAAUUCAGUAUCAAACAUCGCAGCACGGAACACAACUCCAGCCUGAUGAUGUCAGAGUCGGAGUUGGACAGCGACCAGGACACACUAUUCAGCCGGGACCGAUCGGUGCGCAGCAGGAACCGGCUCGGCCCUCAGGCCUCCAACGGGAAUGUGUUGAGCUGACAGGGUGGAACACCGGAUCCUUCUGAUGGACUAAAGUUUGAACUUUUUAGGUGCAGAGAGGUCAGCGAACUGCUUCAGGGGUCAUGACCUUUGGAAGGAAAUGGAAUUGUGCACAUUUGCAGCUG